AUGUCCGAACUAGCGAUACCCAAGGCAAAAGUUGUCUGGUGGGAUGUCAGCGACACUUACUUCCCGCUCGCAGAUAGCGGAGAUGAAUCGUGGUACGAAAUCGACAAAAAGAGGGUUAUGUUCGUUACGGCUGGAGAGAAUCCCGAGGAUUACUUUUUGGCUCUAGAAGCCCCUCGGGUUCUCCACAACGUGAGCAAUCGACGAAAAUGGACCGACUGUACCGAAAUGGUUCACAUGGAACUUGAUGGGGUGGAAGCAUGGGAUCAGAAGUUGAUAGGCUUCAUCAAGAGUUAUCUGGUUUGCGGCCAAGUUAGGCAAGUCCGCCGUUAUCUCGAAACCUCGCCAGAGAAGGAUAUAUUUCUUCAUGGAGUGAAUGCCUGGGAGACAUCAAUGGUCGAGCCCGAGCCCGAAAGCGAUAACGAUGAAGAUUCCAGGCCAAGUGAUAUUCCGGCCGACCGGACUGGGUCUCGGAAGCACGUGAUUGUCGAAACCACUGGUGAGACAGCUCUAAUCUUGGCAGCCACCGAAGAGAAUCACUCAAUGGUGGAGCUCCUCCUCGAAUUCAAAGCAGACCCCAACGUGGCUGACAUGUACGGCUGGACACCGCUGAUGGCGGCUGCGCUGUGGGGUCGGAGGAGAAACGUCGAAAUUCUCUUGAAAGCUGGUGCCAAGAAGGACCUAGAGUGUACAGACAAGGGCCACCGGAGGCGCGCCAUUGACUUUGCCCGUGACCUGCCAGAGAACGUCGAGGAUCGAUCGCAUGCCGGUUACAAAGAAGACACCUACAAUAGGAAACUCGACAGAAGAUACAUCAUCUGUCUUCUCGGCGGUGUGGAUGAGGUGGGAAACCACAAAGAAAUAAGACCCAUAGGAUUUGCAUUCGAGAGAUCGCCAACCAUCAAGAGCUUGCUCUCAUUUUUCGCCCACUUCGACAUGCCUGGGCAAAACAAGACCAUCGGCGUCCUCUGGCGCGGUCACGAUUUCCCCGUCAAGGCGGCCAUGAGCGGCUGGGCAAGUGUGGAAUCGGGGGCAGUUGCCCAAGGAGUACAUUUAAUCGACGGCAGGGAUUAUACAAGCGCCGUCUUUGAGCUCUGCAAGGUCGUUGGGCAUAAACUGGACAGCCAUGAUUAUGAUCAGGGCAAGGCAGGCCAAUUCUACGCAUCCCAUGCUGAGAAGCAACUGGUCGCGUACUUUGUCGACCGGCAUCUGUUCCUCUCGGCUGAUCCCCAGCACGAUCGUCUGCUGUCUGUGUUGGACCAAAUCCCUGAUCUGUCCCGUUUGAGACUGGCUGACAAAUCGAAUGUCGCUGUUUCCUUUGAGGAAGCAAAGCUCGCAAAGCUCGCCGAAGCUCAACCCUCCGCUUCACUAAAGCAGGCGAAAAUCAUAGUCUCUCGUCGGGUCUGUCCUGACUGCAGUUGCUUUAUUACCCGCGUGAACGCUUCCCUUGGGUUGCAGCUAUCGGUCCUUUCGUCGGUUGCGUGA